UAAAGUUAUGGCAAAAAUGGAGGAAAUAUCAUCUGAUAAUGUCCAUGGACUCAUUCUAGCUCUGGCUUCAAGUAUCUUUAUUGGGUCAAGCUUUAUUAUCAAGAAAAAGGGUCUCAUGAAGGCUGGUGCUUCAGGAACCAGAGCAGGUUCAGGAGGGCACUCAUACUUGAUGGAACCCAUGUGGUGGGCUGGGAUGAUUAGCAUGAUCUUGGGCGAGAUAGCGAACUUUGCAGCGUACGCAUUUGCUCCAGCCAUUCUUGUAACCCCUUUGGGAGCUCUAAGUAUAAUUGUCAGUGCAGUGUUAGCCCAUUACUUUUUGGAUGAAAGGAUGCAUAUUUUUGGUGUAGUAGGGUGUGUUCUUUGCUUGGUGGGAUCAACCAUGAUUGUGUUGCAUGCUCCUCAUGAGACCCAAGUUAGUUCAGUCAAACAAGUGUGGCUUUUUACAACUGAGCCAGGCUUUAUGGUGUAUGCAAUCACUGUACUGGUUCUUGUUGGUGUACUCAUUUACCGUUAUGUGCCACUGUAUGGGCAGACUCAUGUGAUCGUGUAUGUUGGAAUCUGCUCUCUUAUGGGCUCGUUAACGGUUAUGUGUGUGAAAGCAGUGGGAAUCGCUAUUAAGCUAUCGUUUUCAGAAAGUAACCAAUUCAAAUACUUCCAAACAUGGUUUUUCACCAUGCUACUUCUUGGUUUCUGUCUUAUGCAACUCAACUAUUUGAACAAGGCACUAGACACCUUCAACACUAAUGUGGUUUCUCCUAUAUACUAUGUCAUGUUUACAAGCCUCACCAUCGUGGCCAGCGUGAUCAUGUUCAAGGACUGGGACGAUCAAAGUGCAGCACAGAUUGCAACAGAACUCUGUGGUUUUAUAACGAUUCUCUGUGGGACUUUUCUUCUUCAUAAAACUAAGGAUAUGGGAAGUCCAGCCGCAGGUUCACGUGCGUCUACAAAUUCACUAGACGGAAAUGCAAAUGCAAGUGCGAACCCGAACUCCCGACAUCCGGAACUCUGACUGUUGGAUUCUGAGAUUUAGUUGUUAAGGGUACAUAGAAUGUGUGAUCAAGAAAAGGCAAAAAAUAGAUGAUACUAAUAUAGAGUUGUAUAUUGGUUUAUACAAGAAUUCCUGCUCAAAUAUGGCAGUAAAUUCUUUGAUUUAUUUGCAUUUUUUUUACUUUCCAGUUUAAUUAGAAAGGAUUUAUAGGGUGUCAAUAUUCUGCUACAUUUGACAUGAAUAUGAUUCUUCACAAGUUUCUUGUAAUCUAAACAAUUUUUAUUUAUUUCUUGGUCUUUUGGAAC